AUGGACACUCUGCGUGCCACGCUCAGCGAACUCGCUGCUCAGGCAGACGAAUCUCAGCUCUCAGAGUUCUCAGAUCUCCAACUAACAUCGCCCACCGAUGAUUCUACCAGCACACCGGAAUUCUAUUAUGGAAUGACGCCCACCACAAGUUCAUUGGGCUCAGAUUCAUCAAGCUCAUCUCAGGCUUCAUUUAAUUCUCCUAUCGGAUUUCUACAGGCCGCCCUGCCACAUAUUUCUACGGAGACCCUCAAAAAUGCCCUUUCAAAUGCGGAGAAGGAUAACGUGGAGGUGGACAUGUGGGACGUAGUGGCAAGCAUCCUUACUGCGGAAUCGAUCCGCGAACUCGAGGAAAGAGGCUGGGACGGGUUAAAUGAAGAUGAAGAUUUUUGUCACUUUUUAUGUGACGACGAGAUUACAUGGGAGACGGUCGAGACGAAAAAGAAGAAACAUAAAUCUCACGAGCAUCAAACUCCGAAAAGGAGAACGGUCCGCCCAACAAAAGUGACGCUGGUAGAUAUCCGCCAGCGUCAACACGUUCACCAACCAUCGAAGACGAUUGGUGCACCUCCCCCGGAUCCUUGGACUCGCCUUUCAUCUCUCUCCACACAUUUGGCGACGCUGCUCCGCCCGCAUCCUGCGUCACUGUUUCUGUCCUACUUCCACUCUCCCGACUAUCCAACUCCUUACGUUGCGCUGUGUUCCGCACUAGAAUCCUUAUCCCAAGACCAGCAAACUUCUGAUGAACGCACAACAAUGCUCUUCAACUUUCUAGACAUUCUUCUCCCUCAAUACGAUAAUCUCGAAGUGGAACAACGUUCCAACCUCAUAUCAGACAUCGAACUUGCCGUUAAAGUAACGGAAGGUAGAGAAGAUGACGCCUUAGAUCUCAUUAAUCUUUUGCGUGAACUAGAUUCGGACUCAUCAGGUCAUCUAGAAAUGGGAGUUUACCAUUUCUCGUCUAAACCUUCUCCUGCUCCUUCUGGCACAAUAAAACGGCUUCCAUCAGCGCCACCGCCCAUCCCACCCCCUCCGCAUAAUAAAAGAAAGCUCAAGCCACCAUCAUCUCAUAAACCCAGCCCAUACCAAUGGCAGUUAGUACCGGAGCGCAAACCUGUUGACCGAGGUCCACACCCAUUAGCACACCACAUCCCAGCAUAUGCACGUGACGUGAACGGGGUAAAAGUCAAGAAUAAAGCUGGAGGUAAUCUUGGAUCGGAAGAUUAUCGGAGAAAGGUAGGCGAAAGGAUGAGGAAACGGGAUGAGCUAUUGCGUGAAGCUGCAAAGAUGUGGCAGAAGGGGAACAAGAAGACUCGAGGUGGGGAGGUGGCGUUUUAUUUUGCGGAGAGGGCGAGAGAGUUCCAGGAGAUGGCGAGGCAGGAGGCGUUGAACGCCGCGAGAGUUCUGGUUGAGUCUAGGAGGCUCGCCUCUCGAGGUCAGGAUACAGUCGAUUUGCAUGGAACUACGGUUUCAGAGGCUGUCGUCAUUGUCAAAGAGACCUUGCGUACCCAAGCUGCUUCUCAGAAUAAGCCCCUGAAGAUCAUUACCGGACGUGGGUCACAUUCAGUAAACCAAGUGAGCGUCCUGAAGCCAGCUGUUCGGAAAGCCCUAGUCGAGGACGGAUGGAAUGUGGCAUCCUGGGAUGGGGGGCUUGUGGUCCGAGGAAAACACGGGGCUGCAAGCUAG